AGGACGAUAACUUGCGGAGUUGUAGCCACUCGCUGCAGCCUCGUUGGAGGGAACAGUAGGUCAGAGAGAGUCGCGAAGGGCUUCAGUGUCGGGGGGUGCUGAUCCAGUUUACGCUUCACUUUCUUACCAGCUCACCGCGAAGUCAGAGCAGAGGAUCCGUGGGUCUGUGGGAUAAGACGGCUUCCACCUUUCCUCUCCCCCGCCCCCCCCCCCCCAUCCCCAGAAGUGUCCCUCACCUUCCCCGGCUCGCUGCAUCUGCGCCGCAGGGAGACUGAAGGGAAAGCCCUUGACAGGCUGGAAGAGUUUCGCCUGAGGCGAGACUCGGCUCCCAUAUAAAGCCGGGUGAAGGACAUUAACACACCGACCAGCGGGAACUGUGGCCGCAGCAGCCAUGGAGGUCCACACUACAUCCAGGAAACUUACUUUGCUCUCAUUCACCUUUCUGUGGGGGCUCUCAGGCAUUUGGGCCCAGAUCCAGAUGCCCCAACCCAGUAUGGAUGUGACCAAGGGCCAGAAGGUGGUGCUGAAGGCCUCGUACAGCGCAGCGCCAGGCAGUGACCCCAGCACCAACACCAUCCUCUGGAACUUUGUCUCUAACAGCACCCAGCUGAUCAUCUCCUACACCAAAGGCUCCAUGAGCGUGGGCAGCUCCCAGUUUAAGGGCCGCGUUGGUUUUAACGCCAACAUGCCCUCCAGCGACGUGUCGCUGUACAUCAACAACACGCAGGAGUCGGACUCAGGACGCUACCUCUGCCAGGUCAUCAUGCCUGAUAACCCUGGCCUCACUGCUGAGCUCAGUCUGGACGUGAAGGUCCCUCCUGCGGUGCCUAAGUGCUCUCUAUCAGGGAAGCCGGUGCUGAAGGGAAACGUGACUCUGAGCUGCUCAUCCAGCGCUGGGAAGCCCAUUCCUCUGUACAAGUGGAAGAAAACCAGUCCGACCUCGGAGGUCUUCUUCUCACCCAUGCUCAAUGAGAAGACGGGCACUCUGAAGCUGAACAACCUGAGCAGUAACAUGUCAGGGAAGUACGUGUGCACGGCCAGCAACUCGGCCGGAGCCGAGAGCUGCUUCAUCAACCUGGAGAUCGUCACCUCCACUAAUGUGGGGAUGAUUGUUGGCGCCACGGUGGGCUCAGUGGUUUGCUUCAUCUUCCUCCUCCUCAUCUGCCUCGUUUUCCUGAUGAAGAGGCGGCGAGACAACGAGGACGACAUGGCCAACGAAAUCAAGGAGGACGCUCAGGCUCCCAAGCACGUGUCCUGGGCUAAGGGUGGCCUGGGUUCAGAUACCAUCUCCAAGAAUGGCACCCUGUCCUCCAUCGCCUCCAGCCCCCACCAUAAAGAACCCUCCCACCACCACCACAACCACCACCACCUGCAGCAGUACCCGCAGCGCCCCCCUUCAGACACCGCCUCCAUCAUCACCGCCACGGGCAGCAUGGCCGGCUACCGCCCGUCCCGACACCAUGGAGCCUCCACCCCCACCCCCAGCCACUACAGCUACAACAACAACACCGCCCUGCCCCGUGGCCAGGCCGUCCCCCCCGAGGCCGGCACCGAUGGGAGCUCCCUGCCCAGACCGGAGCGCUACGCCCAGCUGCCCCAGGCCCAGCUGCUGCCCCACGCCGCCUACAGCCAGCCGCAGCCGCCGCUCCAGGCGGCUCCCUCCCCGCCACCGCUGCCCACCUCCACCGUCACAGCCUCCAACAUCACCCGCAUGGGAGGGGUGCCCAUCAUGGUGCCUGCACAGAACCAGGCCGGAUCGUUGGUCUAACUCCUGCUGCCUGCGAUGACAAAACAGUGCUUUUGACAAAAACGGUGGAACACUGGCCCUUUCCACUCUCUCUGGUUUUCAUUUUUAAAGGGAACACGUUAACUACUAUUUAGCAAAGAAUUACAGUAGAUGAAAAGGUCAAACUCAUGUUUUGACGCUUUGCUUUCGCGCUAAGAAGCUUGAUUGCUGCAGACUGUUUACUUGCUUUAAGUAUACUUACAUAAGUCUUUUAUAUUCUGUAUGCACUGUAUACAUUGCAAACUAUGUAUAGAUAUGAUUUUCAUACAUUUGUCCAGUAUCCUCUUUUGUACUUAAUUGUUGCAUUUCUAAUAUUUUAUUUGCUGUAUUUAGUUAUUUUCAAAUGUAGCUUUUUAAAUGUCAUGUUAUGUAUUGUUUCCUCCUGCCACCCUAGUUCCACAGAGUGAGCAGCGUAUGGAUCAUGUGCGUGCGUGUGUCACAGAUGAAUAUACAGAUGAAAUAAGAAGAGGGUUACGCAGGUCUGCGCUACUCCGUCCAUCAUCUUUACUCAAAAACUACCCAAAGGAGGAAUUAUCAAGACCAAAAUAGGUUUAAGCACAAAAUAUCAGUACUGUUCAGAGGAGAGAAUGUUGCUCAAAGUGAAGUUAGUGAGUACUGGGUGUAAUAUAUAAAGAUCUAUGUAUUAUUAAUGAAUCUUUUUUUUUUCAAGAUAACGUUAUAAAUAUGAUAAAGUUUGACAUUGCAAAGUAUCCUAAUCCCUUUUUUUGGGCUUUACUUCUGUCAGUGGUUCAGCUUAUAAAAUGCUCUUAGACUCAAUUCUUUAAACACAGAUUAGCAAAAGCUUCUUAUAAUAUUGAGCACUAUUCAGAACUGCAGUACGGUGACUUUGCUAGUGCACGAGUCCACACUUGUCCUAAUUUCAACUUGCCUGCAGAAUGGAAAUUGUAAAUAGGGUAUUUUUUUCUGAUACAUGUGCGACAUACAGCAUAGCGUAGUGUUGGCCACAGCCUGAAUGGAACAUAUAGGACAGGUCGUAUGUUUGCCUGCAACACUGGAGCCUGAACCAAAGAUAUACAGUAUGUAACGCUUCGUUAUUUCAACACGCUCUCUUUAUAUGUUGUAGUUUAUUUUCUAGUGCAGGUCAGUGGAAGAAGAAUCGGUUUAUAUCUAUAUAAAAGGGAGGGAUUUGUAUUCACAAAAGGCCCCCCCCCCAAAAAAAAAGUUGUAACAAAACCUACGUAUGCCCUUGGCGGAGUACAUCUGCAAAUUUAAAGCAAGCUACAGAAUAUUGUCAAAUAUACAGUAUGUUGGCUUAACAUUACUGAAACAAAUAAGCAUUGGAAUUUGGUUCAAAGGUUUCCAUUAAAAAACGGAAAUAUCUGUGCAUCUUUCAUCUUUUAUUUUUUUUUUUUAUUAUUUUUGGGGCAUUUUCGGCCUUUAUUUUGACAGGACAGCUGAAGACAUGAAAGGGGAGAGAGAGGGGGAAUGACAUGCAGCAAAGGAGUCGAAUUCUGGUCCGCUGUGACGAGGAGUAAACCUCUACCGACUGAGCUAUCCGGGCGCCCAACAGUGCAUCUUUUUAAUACACGAUAAUUCAUGUAUUACACUGCUCUAUUACACAGAUCUCUGUUCAGUCAGUAUGAAUAAGAACAGCUGUAGCUCAUGAUAGAUGUAUUAACAAUGUCAGCUUAGUUUUUAUAUUCAAACAUCUGUAUUGCAGAGUCAGAAUGUAUCCAGAUGGCCAAUGAUCUUAGCAUAUUUACACUGAAGGGUUCAAGAACGAACAUGAACUGUGGUAUCAAAUACAUGUUUUCCGAGUAUAUUUAAUCGUGGCUUUUUUCUUUCUUACUCUGGCCACUUUCAAGUCACACCAAUGCCUGUUGAAAUAUCAUUUUGAUUUGGAAAAGAAAAGAAAAACAGAUGUAUGUAUAACAAAAGUGAUCCUACAUGAUCAACAUCUAUCCUGCUGUAUGCUGUCGUUACACUGGAGCACAUUUUUGUGCACAGGAUGUCAAAAUAACAACACAGUUCUCAAAUGAAUCGUUUGGAACGUGACGAUGUUGAAGAGAAACCUAUUUUCCGGAUGAUUUCUGAACGUUGUUCUCUGUUUGACCCAGGCUGGACAGGAUAGUGGUAGUUGUGUCUCGAAGCGUUGGCAGUGUAGUUGAGGUUUGUAUUGUUUUUAAUACAUUGACGCAAAAACGGAAAGAGUUCACGUGGGAAGUUGUGAGGAAACGAUGUCGAUGGGACAGCUACAGGGUUUUAACUUGUGAAAGUGUAAAUUAUGGACAUUACAAUGUAUUCAAGACAAGCCUUUAUUUUUAUACAGUGAUGUAUAAGAGCUAGAGAAGUGCUCCGUGUCAGUGAGUUAUAAACCAUGAUGGAUUGUAUAACUGUGCUCAUGUAUGCAGUAGGCUUAAACUGUGGACAUUGAUGUGCAGUGUGAACUCAUCCUUCAUAUUUAUGUUCAUGGAAAAUGCUUUGUAUAAAAUUUACAAUUAAAAGACAAAUGAUCAGUUCA